AUCACUCGGAACCCUAGAGGUUUGCUGGUUUUCUGCAUUUCAUUUUUUCUGAAUUCUUCUCGUCGACAGAAAGUAAAGAGGCAAUGGCCGGUAAAGGAGAAGGUCCGGCGAUCGGUAUCGAUCUUGGAACUACAUAUUCUUGCGUCGGUGUUUGGCAACACGACCGUGUUGAGAUCAUUGCUAAUGAUCAAGGUAACAGAACAACGCCGUCUUAUGUCGCCUUCACUGAUACCGAGCGUCUGAUCGGUGAUGCAGCCAAGAACCAGGUCGCCAUGAACCCGAUCAACACCGUCUUUGAUGCAAAGAGGCUGAUUGGCCGCAGAUUCAGUGAUACUACUGUUCAGAGUGAUGUUAAAUUGUGGCCAUUCAAGGUCAUCCCUGGACCUAGUGACAAGCCAAUGAUUGUGGUCAACUACAAGGGUGAAGAGAAGCAGUUUGCUGCUGAAGAAAUCUCUUCCAUGGUCCUCAUGAAGAUGCGUGAGAUUGCUGAGGCUUACCUUGGCUCUACAGUGAAGAAUGCUGUGGUCACUGUGCCUGCAUACUUCAAUGACUCCCAGCGUCAGGCCACCAAGGAUGCUGGUGUCAUUGCAGGGCUAAAUGUUAUGCGUAUUAUUAAUGAACCCACAGCUGCAGCCAUUGCAUAUGGUCUUGACAAGAAGGCAGCAAGUGUUGGUGAGAAGAAUGUCCUCAUCUUUGAUCUUGGUGGCGGUACUUUUGAUGUCUCUCUUCUCACCAUUGAGGAGGGUAUUUUUGAGGUGAAGGCUACUGCUGGAGACACUCACCUUGGAGGUGAAGAUUUUGAUAACAGAAUGGUGAACCACUUUGUCCAGGAGUUCAAGAGAAAGCACAAGAAGGACAUCACUGGCAACCCAAGAGCUCUUAGGAGAUUGAGGACCUCCUGUGAGAGGGCUAAGAGGACUCUCUCAUCCACUGCCCAAACCACGAUUGAGAUUGACUCUUUGUAUGAGGGUAUUGAUUUCUAUUCCACCAUUACCCGUGCCAGAUUUGAAGAACUUAACAUGGAUCUCUUCAGGAAGUGUAUGGAACCUGUUGAAAAGUGUUUGAGGGAUGCUAAGAUGGACAAGAGCAGUGUCCAUGACGUCGUGCUUGUUGGUGGAUCUACUAGGAUUCCCAAGGUUCAGCAACUUUUGCAGGACUUCUUUAAUGGGAAGGAGCUUUGCAAAAGCAUCAACCCUGAUGAGGCCGUUGCCUAUGGUGCUGCAGUCCAAGCUGCCAUCUUGAGUGGUGAGGGUAAUGAGAAGGUGCAGGAUCUUCUCCUCUUGGAUGUUACUCCUCUGUCUCUUGGUUUGGAAACUGCUGGUGGUGUCAUGACCGUUUUGAUUCCUAGGAACACCACCAUUCCCACUAAGAAGGAACAGGUCUUCUCAACCUACUCAGACAAUCAGCCUGGAGUGUUGAUCCAGGUUUAUGAGGGUGAAAGGACAAGGACCAGGGAUAACAACUUGCUCGGAAAAUUCGAGUUGUCUGGCAUUCCACCUGCUCCCAGGGGUGUUCCUCAGAUUACAGUGUGCUUUGACAUUGAUGCCAAUGGUAUAUUGAACGUGUCUGCUGAGGACAAGACUACUGGUCAAAAGAACAAAAUUACCAUCACAAAUGACAAGGGAAGACUCUCCAAGGACGAAAUCGAGCAGAUGGUUCAGGAAGCAGAGAAAUACAAGUCUGAGGAUGAAGAGCACAAGAAGAAGGUUGAGGCAAAGAACGCAUUGGAGAACUAUGCGUACAACAUGAGAAACACGGUGAGGGAUGAGAAGAUUGGUGCCAAGCUUCCUCCAGCUGAUAAGAAGAAGAUUGAGGAUGCAAUUGAGCAGGCCAUCCAAUGGCUAGAUGGCAACCAGCUUGCCGAAGCUGAUGAAUUUGAAGACAAGAUGAAGGAGUUGGAGAGCGUCUGCAACCCCAUCAUUGCAAAGAUGUACCAAGGCGCUGGUCCCGACAUGGGUGGUGGUAUGGAUGAUGAUGCUCCUGCUGGUGGAAGCGGUGCUGGCCCAAAGAUUGAGGAAGUAGAUUAAGGUGGUUCCCUCUAGGUUCUUCCUUAUGUUAUCCUAGGAAUUUUAUUUUUGUGCUUUUUGUCAGUUUGGUUCCAGUACUUAUUAUCUGAUUGGUUUAAACUUUAAAGCCAAUGCACAAGUGAUUUUAAGGAUCCUGUCAAAUGGAUUUUACAGGCACCUUUGGUACUGCUUCCUGGUUUGGUUGCCCCAUAUAAUAUUCUGGAAUCUGCGUUCUUACAACUUUUCUAAAUAUUUUUGUGAUUUGUAUGUUUUCUGGACGAAUUAUCUACUUUGUUUC